AUGGCGGACAACGCCGAGGCCCUCCCCGCCAUUCGCAGCUACAAGGGUGUCUCGCCGUACAAGGCACGCAACACCGUCAACCCAACCGUGCCAAAGCUCAAGGACCCUCGCCUGGUCUCGGGUGCUCGUCGAGCGCGUCUCAGCUCGAAUGAACACCUCGAAGCGACCUACCUGGAUGAGCUCCACUACAUUCCCGUCCACGGUCAGGCCGAGUCGUCCAGUCAGCAGUUUUGGAACAAUGUACAGCAGAGACUCGAGUCGGCCAUCGACAGGCUCGACAAGGCCACCUCGAUGCUCGGCGUCGGCAACACUGUGUCGCCCUACAAGGCUGCCAACGCCGUCAAGAGUGCUGCCAAAUCGCUCGGCUUCUCUUUCAGCGUGAACAGCCACAGCAAUGCUCACGGCUCGUCUCCCGACUUCAGCUUCAACUUCAACGUCUCGGAGCCCAUGAGAUGGGGUGAAGAGGCCGAGCUCUCCGAGGCCACUCGCGAAGAUGCGGUAAACAACGCAGCAAUGGCUCUUCCCAACCUGCCCAAGGAUUCCGGGUUCGACUACGCUAACGACAAAGUGCGCGGUGUCAACCUCGGCAACUGGCUUCUCUUCGAAGGCUGGAUGGACAGCUCGCUCAUGCAGGCGCUCAACGACCACGCCAUCAACGCACCCUACCCCAACCCCAUCAUCGACGAGUGGACCGCUGGCCUCUACUCAGACCCUGGCUGGGCAGCCUACGUGUUGCAGAAGCACUUUGACGAGUGGAUGACCGAGGACGACUGGAAGGCGAUCAAGGCAGCCGGCCUCAACCAUGUGCGUAUCCCCGUGCCUUACUUCAUGUUCAAAGAGGCCAUCGGCCCAAACGCCCCCUACCUCGCGUUGAACCGCUUCGCCAAGCUUAAGGAUGGUGUCAAAAUGGCCAAGAAGUAUGGUCUCAAGGUGUGGAUCGAUCUGCACAGUGUGCCUGGCUCGCAGAACGGCUUCGACAACUCGGGUCGCAGCGGUCCCAUCAACUGGGCCAACAACCCUUCGUACUACACGCAGACACAGUACGCCUUUAACCGCCUCGUCACCGAGUUCACGCACUCGGACUACGCUGGCGUCGUCACCGCCAUCGAGGCAGUCAACGAGCCCAAGGGUAAUGUAGUGCCAGCUGUGCAAACCUUGCUGAACAAGUAUUACCCAUGGGCACGCAACAAGGUGGCCAUCCCUGACGGCUGGAACAAGUACUCGAACAUGCUGCUCGUCAUCCACGACGCCUUCCAGGGUCUGCAGUACUGGCAGAACUUCUGGACGGGACGUGCUCGUCACCGUGUUCUGCUCGACACGCACCCGUACUUUGUGUACAGUGACUGGGAGCACCAGGCUACAGACACGCAGCGACUCCAAGAGGCUUGCAACCUGACGUCUAGCUUCGAGACUUCGCAGAAAUACUAUCCCUCGAUUGCCGGUGAAUUCGGUAUCAACGGGCCCAACGGUGACCGAGCUGCAGACCGCGACCUUCCCGUUGGACCGAUCAAGUUCCCCGCUGGACCAGACUACCCGUACUCGGUCAAGUACAUGGCUUUCAUGGCGAGGAACUUCAAGACGCAGCAGUGGAUUUACGAGCAGGGCGGUGGAUGGAUCCAAUGGUCGUGGCGCAACGACAACAACCCAGACUGGUCGUACAAGACGGGUCUCCAGUAUGGAUGGAUCCCAACGGAUCUCGACCAGCAGCCGUUCGGAGCCAACCCAUGCUCUUGCAUCCCUAGCUUGAUCCAGGCUGCUCAGGACGGCACCGCUCAGGCGAGCUGGACCAUGCAAGAGCUCUCCGAGAGUCUCUACUAA